AUGGUUCCCGAAGAACAGCUCUGCGACCUUCCACGACUCUACGCCUCCCGUGUCCUGCACCAAUUCGAAUCAAUCACGGAACCAGACACGGCCGCGGACGCUGGAGCACCACUACUUCAGCCCGACGAUAUCGUUUCAUUUAUCACCAUCCUCCUAUGUGAUUCCCAAGUCACGCCCUGCGUUGCCCUCGCAUCCCUCCGCCUCGUCGAACGCUACCAGCUGUUCUCCAACCGCAUACCCCCUCGAGACGAAAUUCAGAGAAUCCUGUUCGCUGCAUUCAUGUUGGCCGCCAAGAUUGUCAGUCCGCGGUGUCGUGUGCGGUGGGCUUCGAUAGGCGAGAAGCUCGUCGAGGGGAGGAAUGUGUUUUGGUUGGAGAAGGAAUUCUUGAUCGACGUACGAUGGGAUUAUGAAAUGUUGGAUGUGGUGGAGGAGGUGUGGGAUGCAUUUGCGGAGGCGAGGAAGGGGAAGUAUGGUCCUGUUGUUCGAGAGAAUGUGGAUGGAGACGGGGUGACGGAUGGACUCGGAGGUGUGGGGGAGGGGGGAGAUUGGAAAUCAGCCCGUCGGCUUUCGAAGACGUCUUCGACGACUACGAUCAGCUACCAAGAAGAGACAUCGGCGAUCUCGUCGUCAUCAUUCCGGACACCACUCAUCCUCGCUUCUAUUAGGACACCGCGGAUGGAGGUCGCACCGUCACACCGUCCUUCAGGGGGAUCAUCCCUGCGACAGGCGUACAAGCCUACAACAUCGAAGACAUCAUCAGCCUCUCAAUAUUUGGACGUUAUCAACGUCGACCGCGAGCGCAAGAAUACACCGCCGAAGUUACGCAAACGGAUGUCCCAGAUCUUUCUGAAGGGGAUGUAA